GAGCGAGCGAGCGAGCGGGUGACAGGUCACUCCUGCUUGGGAAGGUUGCUGGGUGAGUCAGGAUUGGGUACACGGAGGAAGCACAGUGCUCCAGGACCUGCGCUGGGACCCAGGGUUUCGAGGAACAAAAUAAGACCAAGCUGGCCCUUGAGCUGAGAAGGCAGGGAGAAAUGGUAUCCCAGAGAGAACAGAGGUCUCCCGUCCUAUCCUAAGCACUGCUGGAUCCUGUGUGACAUCACCAGCCCCCUCACUGCUGCCACUGCUGGAAGUCCUGAGCUCUGUGCUGGGGGCACCAGGCACUGACACUUGGCUCUUGUUGGGAGAACAGAGAGAGUCUCUCUUGUCCACAGCCUGUGCUCGGCUCCAACUGCUGCAUCUCUUGGAGACCUCUGCCCAGGCUGGAAAGGGUGAGAGCUGCUGAGGCUGUAUCUGAAGUGGAAGGUGGACCAGAGGGCAGCCCUGCCUGGAGCCCAAGCUCCUUCGUGCCUGGUCUUCCCUGUACCCCCAGAGCCUACCUCAUCACAGCUACAGAAUGGCCUCCAGCCCAGCUGGAGUUCCUAGCCCACAGCCCUCUAGGGCCAAUGGGAGCAUCAACCUGGGGCCAUCAGCGAACCCAAAUGCCCGACCCACAGACUUCGACUUCCUCAAAGUCAUUGGCAAAGGGAACUAUGGAAAGGUCCUACUGGCCAAGCGCAAGUCCGAUGGAGCCUUCUAUGCGGUGAAGGUGCUGCAGAAGAAGUCCAUCUUAAAGAGCAAAGAGCAGAACCACAUCAUGGCAGAGCGCAAUGUACUGCUAAAGAACGUGAGGCACCCCUUCCUUGUGGGCCUGCGCUACUCCUUCCAGACCCCAGAGAAGCUCUACUUCGUGCUUGACUAUGUCAACGGAGGAGAGCUCUUCUUCCACCUGCAGCGGGAGCGCAGGUUCCUGGAGCCCCGGGCCCGGUUCUACACUGCCGAGGUGGCCAGCGCCAUUGGCUACCUACACUCUCUCAACAUCAUUUACAGAGACUUGAAGCCAGAAAACAUUCUCUUGGACUGCCAGGGACAUGUGGUACUGACGGAUUUUGGCCUUUGCAAGGAAUGUGUGGAGCCUGAGGAGACCACAUCCACCUUCUGCGGCACCCCCGAGUACCUGGCCCCUGAAGUGCUUCGUAAAGAGCCUUACGAUCGAGCGGUGGACUGGUGGUGCUUGGGGGCAGUCCUCUACGAGAUGCUGCAUGGCCUGCCCCCCUUUUUCAACAGUGACGUGGCCCAGAUGUAUGAGAACAUUUUACAUCAACCACUACAGAUCCCCGGAGGCCGGACAGUGGCCGCCUGUGACCUCCUGCAAGGCCUUCUCCACAAGGACCAGAGGCAGCGGCUGGGCUCCAAGGCAGACUUUCUCGACAUAAAGGACCAUGUGUUCUUCAGUUCCAUAAACUGGGAUGACCUGUACCACAAGAGGCUAACUCCACCCUUCAACCCAAAUGUGGAAGGCCCUGCUGACUUGAAACACUUUGACCCAGAGUUCACCCAGGAAGCUGUGUCCAAGUCCAUUGGCUGCACCCCUGACACCAUGGCCAGCAGCUCUGGGGCCUCGAGCGCAUUCCUCGGAUUUUCCUAUGCACAGGAUGAUGAUGACAUCCUGGACUCAUAAGAGACAAGCACUUGCAAAGCCACCAAGACCAGCGGGCAACUCAGGGACCACCUUCUGCUGCCAGCAAGACACAUGAGAUUGGUGACUCAAAGAAGAGGGAGGUGCUUUCCCUCAUAUAAAAAAACCAGUGCUGGGCUCAGGCUGGCAGGAAUGGGUCACUGGGUACCCAAGUGUCUGUAGUUCUGAUUUGCCCGUCUUGAGAAAUGACUUCUGGCUUUGGUUUUU